UUCACACACUGUGGAAGGCGGUUUUAAGGAUCAAUGACCGGGGUUGCCGUGCACUCACUCGUCAGUGCGGGGGGUGCUGGUGGUUCAGGUGGUUCAGGUGGUUCAGGGUGACUUUGCCGGCUUGUCGCAGUGACACAUGGCGCUGAGGGCAGUCGGGCGGCUGGUGAGCGGAGUAAAGCUACGGAGACACUGCGGCACUGUGCGGAGGAGCCCAGUCUCAGUUCGGAGUGCUGCUUUAUUCAUCACGUUACCUCCACUAUCUUAUCUGGGAUAUGAAGCACUCCGCACAGCGUCUUGUGCAACCGUUGUGUUUGCACUUGACAAAGCUGAGCAAGUUGUAGAACAAGCAGACUACUUAUACGGCUGUGGAGAAGUAGAGAAACUUUAUCAGCUCCUGGAGCAGUAUAAGGACAGUGAUGAUGCGGAGUUUCUGUGGAGAUUGGCUCGAGUUUCACGCGACCUCGCUUUGCUGCCCAACACCGCCGCUGACCAGAAGAAAAAACUCACCUACGAGGCAUUCCACUACGCCAAAAAAGCUCUGGAGAAAAACGAAGCCUGCUUUGCCGCACACAAAUGGUAUGCUGUUUGCUUAAGUGAUAUCGGAGAAUAUGAAGGGGUCAAAUUUAAAUUAGGAAAUUCCUUAAUCAUUAGGGAACAUUUGGAGAAGGCUAUUGAGCUGAAUCCAAAAGACGCCACUUCUAUGUAUAUCCUGGGUUAUUGGUGUUUUGCGUUUGCUGAAUUGCCCUGGUACCAGCGCAAAGUCGCAGCUGUUCUAUUCGCGUCGCCGCCGACUGCUACAUAUGAAGAGGCCUUGGACUUUUUUCUGAAAGCUGAGAAAGUGGACCCAAACUUCUAUAGCCAGAACCUCUUAAUGCUUGGGAAGACAUACAUGAUGCUCAAUGACAAGGAGAAAGCUCUUAUUUGGCUUAAGAAAGCACGAGACUAUGCCGCCAUUACAGAAGAAGACAAACAGGCUCACAAAGAAGCACUUGACCUGCUCAAGAAGCUGAAGGGCUAAUGGAAGGAUCCACCUCCCAUCACCAACAACAAAACUAGCGCCUUAUUUUAUUUCAAUUCCGAUAGCCUCAACAGGGAACAAAUAACAUUUUAAAACACUGUGUUGGGUUUAAAAACAAGCUUUUAAAUACAGUAAUACAAUUUCAAUUGGAAUUAAGUGUAAUGUGACCAAUUCUGUCUGCCUGAACUAAUAUCCAUCCAAUUAAAAGUCAUUUUUAGAAGUGUGGUUCUGUCAUUAGUUCUUUCCACCCGAAUAAAACAAAAAUAUUCCAUCUUUUCUCUCUCCAUGGGCUGAAAUGCUUGUUUUCAUAUUUAACAAUAUCCAUCUGGACAUCACACUAUUAUCUGGGUUUUUCUUAACUUUUGUAACCAAGUUAAAAACACACUGUUGUAAAGGAUGUCUUUGUACUGUAUGCUUACGAUUUACCUUCACUGGAACUAAAAGGUCCACCAUGUAUGUUCUAACAUGAGAAACUUCAUGAACACAUGGUUAGCCAAGGCUGGAGUCAUGAAUUCGAGUGUCCUAGCGAGAUCUCUGACCUCAACUCCACCAGACACCUUUAUGACUGAACUGGAACACCGAAAGCACCCCAGAUAUCCCACUUAAUCUGGAACAUUAUGCUCCACAAACACUUACGGGUGUUAUUCUUGCCCAAAUUUCUGGCUAUAGGGUUUAUGUAAAAGUUUAUCUUAUAGGAACAAGGCAGAAAAGCUCUGAACACUUCUUCUUAAAUACUUUGAUAUCUUUCUGUGCUGCAGUGCUGUUGUAUUAUUUUGUGUAACAGCUAUAGCAGUAGCUCUAGCUGUAUUUCACAUCACAGGUAUAUAUUAAUGCACUGUUAAUAAAGGUUGUUUCUUUUAAAUUA